AGGACAGCCACUCUCGGGCCGGCUUCUUGGGCUGCAGGCUUCCUUCCUCCGCGUCUGCGAGGCCGUGGGGAAUCGGGCACCUUGGGCUGCGGCGAGUGUGCGCCAUGGGCAAGGCCAGGUCGGCCGGGGCGCGCAGGAAGGCCCCCGGGAUCCCGGUGGGAGCGCGAGGCGGCCCGGCGAGGCCCAACCCCAACCCGUUCGAAGUGAAGAUCAACAGGCAGAAGUUCCAGGUCCUGGGCCGGAAGACGCGCCACGACGUGGGGCUGCCCGGGGUGUCGCGCGCGCGGGCCAUCCAGAAGCGUACCCAGACCUUACUAAAGGAAUACAAAGAAAGGGAUAAGUCCAAUGUGUUUACAGAUAAGCGCUUUGGAGAAUACAAUAGCAACAUCAGCCCAGAGGAAAAGAUGAUGAAGAGGUUUGCUCUGGAACAACAGCGACAACACGAAAAAAAAAGCAUCUACAACCUAAAUGAAGAUGAAGAAUUAACUCAUUAUGGCCAGUCCUUGGCAGACAUCGAAAAGCAUAAUGACAUUGUCGACAGUGACUGUGACGCUGAUGAGCCAGGAACGCUGUCAGCCGAGUUGACUGCAGCCCAUUUUGGAGGUGGUGGCGGGCUCCUUCAUAAGAAGACCUCUCAACAGGAAGGCGAGGAGGGGGAGAAACCCAAAUCACGCAAAGCACUCAUUGAGGAGCUCAUUGCAAAGUCAAAACAAGAGAAGAGAGAGAGACAGGCUCAGCGAGAAGAUGCCCUUGAGCUCACAGAGAAGCUGGACCAAGACUGGAAAGAAAUUCAGACUCUCUUGGCACACAAAACGCCCAAGUCAGAGAACAGAGAUAAAAAGGAGAAACCAAAGCCUGAUGCAUAUGACAUGAUGGUACGUGAGCUUGGCUUUGAAAUGAAGGCCCAGCCCUCUAACAGGAUGAAAACGGAGGAGGAGUUGGCAAAGGAGGAGCAGGAGCGGCUUAGAAGCCUGGAGGCUGAAAGACUCCGAAGAAUGCUUGGAAAGGAUGAUGAAAACUCCAGGAGACCAGGUCACGUGUCAGCGGAUGACUUAAGUGACGGCUUCAUCCUGGGUGAAGAUGACAGGCGUUUGCUUUCCUACAAAGAUGGAAAGAUGAACGUCGAGGAAGAGCAGAGCAGGGAAGCCAGUGACGGUGAGAGCGAAGAGGAAGAGGGCGAAGACUCGAGUGAGGAGGACCCAGAGGAGAGCGACGACCCAGAUAGCCACUCAGACCUGGAAUCUGACGAAGAGAGUGAGGAAGGAAGUGGGACACCAGAGAAGGAGCGGCGGCACGCUCCUGGGAAAAGGUUGACAAGCGAUGGUCAGAAGGCUCGAGAAGCUGCCAGAACGGAGCUGCCCUAUACGUUUGUAGCUCCUGAAUCCUUUGAGGAACUGAAAUCCUUAUUAUCAGGAAAAUCGAUAGAAGAGCAGCUUUUGGUGGUGGAAAGAAUUCAGAAGUGCAACCAUCCGAGUCUCGCAGUGGGCAACAAGGCCAAGUUAGAGCAGCGUGGUAAAUGCCAGGGGCGUUCAGAGCAGGCAGAGAACCACCCCUUGACAUUCGUCCCCUCCAAGGCCACAGCAGGCCCAGGAGGAGGCAGGCACGGAGCCCUUACUUCACAGAAACUGUUCGGCUUCCUGUUGGAAUACGUUGGAGAUUUGGCUACAAAUGAUCCACCAGACCUCAGAGUGAUUGAUAAAUUGGUUGUGCAGUUAUAUAAUCUUUGCCAGAUGUUUCCUGAAUCUGCAAGUGACUCCAUAAAAUUUGUCCUCCGAGAUGCCAUGCACGAGAUGGAAGGAAUGAUUGAGACGAAAGGCCGGGCUGCAUUUCCAGGGUUAGAUGUGCUCAUUUAUUUGAAGAUUGCUGGGAUGUUGUUUCCGACCUCUGACUUCUGGCACCCUGUUGUGACCCCGGCACUGGUGUGCAUGAGCCAGCUCCUCACUAAGUGCCCGGUCCGGUGUCUCCAGGACGUCGUGAAGGGUCUGUUUGUGUGCUGCGUGUUCCUGGACUAUGUGUCUCUGUCUCAGAGGUUCAUACCUGAGCUUAUUAAUUUUCUUCUUGGGAUUCUUUACAUAGCAACUCCAAACAAACAAAACCAAGGUUACACUCUGGUGCACCCUUUCAGAGCCUUUGGGAAGAACUCGGAGUUGCUCUUGGUUUCUGAUGAAGAGGACAUGGCCACAUGGCAGAGGAAAAGCCUGUCGCUUCAUUGGGCGAGUGGACUGAAAGCCCAGACCAAGACAGAGGCCAACCACACCAGAUUGUCCUGCCUGGCCGUGUGUCUGGCUCUGGUGAAGCGCUGUGUGCUCAUGUAUGGCGUACUGCCGUCCUUCCACGACAUCACGAGGCCCCUCAGAGCCCUCCUGACGGAGCACCUGGCAGACUGCAGUCACCCCCGAGAGCUCCAGGAGCUGUGUCAAAGCAUAUUGACAGAAAUGGAAAACCAGAAGCAUCACUGUCAGCCGCUGAUCUGUGAGAAGAGCAAGCCAGUGCCUCUGAAACUGUUCACCCCCCGGCUGGUCAAAGUCCUCGAGUUUGGAAGAAAACAGGGAAGCAGUAAGGAGGAACAGGAAAGGAAGAGACUGAUCCACAAACACAAGCGUGAAUUUAAAGGGGCCGUCCGGGAGAUCCGCAAGGACAACCAGUUCCUGGCUCGGAUGCAGCUCUCAGAGAUCAUGGAACGGGAUGUGGAAAGAAAGCGAAAAGUGAAGCAGCUUUUUAACAGCCUGGCUACCCAGGAGGGUGAAUGGAAGGCUCUGAAGAGGAAAAAGUUCAAAAAAUAAAUAGUUUUAUCCGUUAGGCAAGGA